CUAUCUUAUGUGGAAAUAAAUACGAAUACUACCUUAGGGAAAUAAAUAUUUUGUCAUCAAGAAAGUAAAAUGGCCAAAACUGGUCAAUGGUACAAAAAUCUGAUUCGAGUCGACCGAUAUGAUGAUUAGGCCGUUACAUCUAAGUCCAAAAAAAAAUCACGAUAUCCGGAUAACUUAGUAAAGAGAAAAGCUUCCCAAUUAAACCAUCUUUUUGUAGGACAUGUCAAGAUUAAAACAAGCCACGUAUGCAUCCAACAACAAUGCCACAUAUUGACACAUGUCUCACUAACUAGAUGACAUAUACCACCACACCAAACUACAAAGUACCAAACUAGUCACUUUAAAAUUAUUUUAUCGCGCCGUUAUAUUUAACUCAAAAACUAGUCCUCUAAAUUCAACAACUCAAUAAUAAGAAUGGCUAAAAACAAAGGCGAUAUUAAAUAUGGAACAGCACAAGCAAAACUAUCAGAAGAUGAAUCGUUAAGAGUUGCAUACAAAGCAGGAACUCCCUUAGAAGCCGGCAAGAUUGCGGAUUCCGAACCCGUUGAUCUCUUCUCGGCCGCUAACAAAAUCUCUCAGGCUAACCAACAGCAAAACAAAGGUGUGAUUGCGGAAUCGGACCCUGUUGAUCUAUUUUCGGCUGCUCGACACGUUGCUGAUGCUAAACAUAAGGAUGAAAAAGACACCAUGGCCAACCGACAACCUCUCCCAACUGAUUAAGCAAUUUUAUGUUAUAAAGCCUAUGAGAUGAUAUGUACGUACAUGACAGUCUUUUGUCACACAUAAGUUUAAGUUUUACGUAGUUGCAUA